CUAAAAGUCAAUCAUUUCUCAACCCCUCAGCCCCUUUUGAAAUCAAGAAUGGAGAUAACAUGUGCACUUGUCUGUGAAAUCUUACUAGCAAUCUUGCUUCCUCCUCUUGGUGUUUGCCUUCGCAAUGGUUGCUGCACUGUGGAGUUCUUGAUUUGCUUGGUAUUAACCAUAUUGGGCUAUGUUCCUGGAAUUAUCUAUGCUCUUUAUGCAAUCCUCUGUGUUGAGCGUGAACCACGAGUGGAUCAUUAUGACAGUCUUGCUUGAUCUUUGUUGAAUAUAUCAUUUCAGAUUGUGUGCUUGUUGUUUUGUUUUGCUUGUAAGUUGUACCUAUGUUGCUUCGACUCUACAAAAAUGUUGCAGUCCUCGUGUCGGAUCUUCCAAAAAAGCGCUAUUUUUGAAGGAUCUGACACGCACUCAAUCAUUUUUGAAGGGUCUUUUUGACUCCAACUAUGGAUGUAUUGUACCUUAUGUCACUUGUUCUGAAUCAAAUCGUGCAAUUUAAGUUUAUGGAUUGGUAAUUUAUAGCCUUGUGCUCUGA